UGGAGAGGAGGUUAUUCUUUCCCCGUGAAAGCGGGGCCCGCGAAAGCGGGGAGUAAAGAAGUUCUUGAUGAAGAGUUCGCUGGAUGAGAUUGACACGGUCGAGCCACUGAGACAGACCCUUCGGCAACCCAUGCAAUGCUCUAUUCUGGAGAACCUGGCGGCAUCGAAGCUGGCUCACGAUGAGUUACAGAUGAUCACGCGGAAGACUCGCGUACUUCUAUCAGAGGAGGCUCAGGGGGAUCCUAAGGCGGAAGCUCCUACUGUAGCAGUAACGGGGGUGACUGCCAGAGCGGAUCGCAUGGCGACAGUCCUUCUUGAUGGGAUGGAAGGUGUGCCUCCAGAUAAGUUUUACAUACUUGGUAGUGGGGUCGUGGAGACGAUCAUAAACGAUGGAGCGGUACUAGAUGCUGUGAUCGAUAACGGCAGUGAGGCUGUCAUUAUAGACGAGGAUCUGGCAGUACAGGUUGGACUGGACCUCGAUAGGUCAUACCUAUUUGAAAUAGAGACUACUGAUGGGAGAAAGCAACAGAUCGUUGGGGUUUGUCAUAUGGCAGCCAUAGAGGUCCAAGGGGUACGAGUGACCCUGCCUGUCUUUGCAGUCAAGAACUGCAGCUCCGAUCUGCUCUUGGGACGAACGUGGUUGAGCCACGUGCAUGCGGUGACGAUAGAGCGUCCGGAUGGGAGCCAGACAUUGUCCAUUAAGAAGCUAGAUGGGACGCGGGUUAUGAUUGGGACGGUGGAGCCUCGGGACCCGAGGAACAGAGCAGCUCUCGCAGUGGGAGCAAGACCCAGUGAUCAGAUUAAGUCAUUACCUAUCUCCGGCCGCGCGGUGCGAUUUCGUGAGAAGAAGUACGGACCACUGCUCACAGAGGAGGAGGGUCGGAUCGUGGAGGUGGAAGAUUUAGGGAGUCGGCUAAUAGUGGACGGCAACUCGUACCCAAAGGAGACAGAUGAGGAAUUUGGCGGGGUGGUAUCUGUGUCUUUUUUAAGGGCACGGCCCCCUAUGGGGGGCUACCCAAGCGACACAAGCGAGUAGCACAAAAAGUUAAGCCAGCGGCUGUGGGCCGCGAGCGAU